GAGGCGUACACUGAGGAUUCCCAACCGAGACCAUAUCGUACUUAUUUCCUAUCAUCCAGGAAUUCCAAGGGCGAUUAGCUUUAAUCAUGGAUUCGGUUGUGCAGCCGCACCAAUAUGUGGCUGUACGGAUGUCUUCCGGCAUGUACAAGCUGGUGAAAGCAGCUCCAAAUACAACAAUUUUGCUUGGUAAAUAUGGCAGCUUCUAUACAAAUCAUAUCAUCGGUCGACCGUUCCAUCAGACUUACGAGCUUUUACCCACACCAGAAGAAGAUGGCUACAGUCUGCGCGUCGUCCCAGCUGCUGAGCUCCAUGCGGAGGCUCUCAUCAGUGAAGGUUCUGCAGAAGUGGAUGGUUUGAUAGAAGAGCCGCCGGAGUCAGGAAGUGCGGGACAACAACCCAUACGCUCAAAUCGCGAUAUCAACGAUGAUGGAUCUGCGCAGACUCUGACUUGGGAAGAAAUUGAAGACUUGAAACGGAAUACUACAGGUGCCGGGAAAGAAAUUAUUGAUAAAUUAUUGGAAUCUCAUUCGACUAUUGACAAGAAAACGGCAUUUUCUCUGGCGAAGUAUAAGCUACGGAAAGAGAAAAAAUAUCUGAAAAGAUUUACGAUAGUGCCAUUGGACGUGAAUAUCCUGACGGAGUAUAUGCUCGAGCAAAAAGAAGCACACAGGAUCAUGGAGCUGCGUCAUGAGUUGAUAGGGUUGUUGGGAUGCUGGGGGAAUGUCCACCAUAGUGGGAAUUUGGAAAAUGUGGAGCCAAACGGGAGAUAUCUUGUUAUAGACGAUACUGGAGGUCUUGUUGUUGCUGCAAUGGCUGAAAGAAUGGGAAUACUUCAUCCUCCGGGAGAGGAUGAAGAGGAUGAGGAAGUCGACGAUGGCCUAGUACUUAAAGAAGAAGAGACGAGCGAAGUUCCUACACAAUCAGAUCCUGCGAAUGAGCAUCGACACACCGGAGAGCAGAAAGCAAGACCGCAGACUCGACCACAUGCCAAAAGGCAACCCAUGACCGCCAAGCAAAAUUCUAUUACUGUUAUUCACCCUCACUCACAGCCCAACCUCAGUCUCCUAAAGUACUUCGGCUAUGAUACAGAAGAACCCAACGUAUCGCACCCCCUUUUUGAGCAUCUCAAACUAGCUACAUGGCUUCAGGUGCUUGAUCCAGAGGCCGACAACAUAUACUCGGAAAAGCCGGAGGAAGUCGACGAGGCAACACUGAAGACUUAUAAGCCCCGACAACGCGGGACAUAUCAUCGCAAACAUGCAAGGUGGGCUCGAGUUAGGAGAGUUGUCGACGAGAUACGCGCAGGUGGAUAUGACGGUCUCGUAGUAGCUAGUGUAAUGGAUCCGGAUUCCAUACUGAGACAUCUGGUUCCUUUACUUUCUGGUGGCGCGUCAAUUGCGGUAUAUUCGCCAUCAGUUGAACCACUCACAUUAUUAAUGGAUCUGUACUCAACAGCCCGCCGCUCAGCAUACAUCUCUAAAAAGGCGGAUCUUGAGAAAGAGCGAAGGAGCAUUGACCUUGAUAACAUGGAUGUUGAUCUUCCUUCUGUCGAGUCACAGUUAGCCUCGGAAUUCUCUCUUGACCCAACAUUGGUUCUAGCGCCCAUGCUUCAGACAUCGCGAGUGAGGGAGUGGCAGGUUCUUCCAGGUCGGACACAUCCGUUAAUGUCUGGACGAGGUGGUGCCGAGGGAUACAUCUUUCAUGGUAUUCGGGCUAUUCCGCAGUCGCAGCAUGUCCAGGCCCGUGGGGUUAACAGUCGCAAGAAGCGGAAACUCGAUGUUGGGGAUAAUGGUACACCUGAUGAUGGAUCGACGCCGGUUGCUGCAUAG